CAGGCAAGCAAGACUCCUUUGGGCAACACAAAAGAUUUUGAGCUCAUUCACAGCCCCACUGAAAUGGUAAAUUUUCAGAGCAACUUUUGGUACAAGAAGGAUCCUCGCCUCGGUGAAAUCCUUUUAACUAUUGUGCCACUGGACGAAAAAAGACACGCUUUACUGGAUGAAUACAACAAACAGCUUGAGAAGACCUUGCGUGAACCAUGUGACUUGGAUAGCUGUGCUCACGACUUCUUAAGAAUCAGACCGACGAGAGGAUCGUGCCGAGGACUGUGUACGCUCAAAAAAGACAUGUCAAAAUAUGAACCACGUACCUUGGGCCUAACGUUAGAACCAAAGAUUCUGACAAUGUUGUCAACUUACGAUGGGAAAUUGUUUGAUGUCAAGAAAGAAAUCUAUCGUUCAACUGAUCGUGUGGUGGUAGCUCUUUCGAAUGUGUUUGAAGUCGGAGGAAAAGGAUCUUUUGAAGCUCUUGACAAGUUGUGUGAGAGAAAUGUGAUCACUCCCAGUGCCAGAGAUAACGUAGCCAGUGCUGUAGCAAUUGCCUUGAAGAUGAGGUUGAGCACUUAUCUUUCUGCUGGGAAAAAAGAAGAGGCAAUAAAAGGGACAACAGGGAACGCCACCUCUGCUUACAAUAUUCCAGGAGAAAAAGAACUCUUUCAUUUUUUUUAUGUGUCCACUCCACUGUACGAAUCACUGCGAAGGUUGUGUGAUGACGGUAAGAACUCCUCAGAAGAUUUAGCACAAACAACGUUCUUCAGUUUCUCUGAUGCCAUAAAAGGCCACAUUCAUUGUCGUCUCCUAAAUUACGACGCUGCGUCAGAAUGCUACAAGCGUGCACUUGAGAAUGAACCGGGAAAUAUUAGCAUACAGAUGCGAUUGAAAGAAAUUAAGGACAUGCUCAGGCAGACCAAAGACGAUGACUGUUCGAAUUGGGAUAACUUGACAAAUCUGAUAUGGCAUCAUGGUUUCCUUGAACCACCUGAUGAUAUUUAUUUAGAUAACCACGUGAAUGAAUUGAAGAAUAUGUGUAUUGGCUCAACAAAGGACUAUGAAAUCAUUGUGGUUUUGAACCUUCUCGCAUGA